GUCUAAGAAAACAUUGCUCUUGAAGCUUACCGAGAUGGGACAGGCUAGUCCUAAUCACAUUCUGACCUAUUGUUUCGAUUUCGUUCGUUCGUUCUGUCUCUACAAGCAAAUCAAAAUAUAACACUAUGGAGCAAAGCCACACAACAGAGAUCAAAACGGCCCUGGUUGAAACAAAAUGGACUAUCAAAGGUUUCUCUGCCAUCAAAGUUGGACAUCUGUUGUCGCCCAAAUUUGCCGGAACAUCUGCCCACACAUCGCGAACGCUAACAUGGAGGUACAAAUUAGUUCCAAUUGAGGUUGGGGUAACGAUGGAUCCGGCCUGCAAAACAGAAAUGAAAACUGCAGUCUUCUACUCAACCUGGAUCAUCAAAGGAUUCUCCUCUAUCAAGACGGAUAAGUACAGUUCGGCCAUAUUCACCGGAUUAUCCGCGUUUACGUCCCGUGCUGUAUUCUGGUACUUUUCAUUUUACCCGAAAUGCUAUUCUGAUAGGCCAUACGUUGAUGCAAUGUUGAAAAUAGAUAACGGUGGCUCAUCCAAGUUCUACGCAGACGUUGAGCUCGAACUCAACAAACCCUCGAAGGACAAUCCGAAAACCACUGGUCCCACUGCUGUGUCGGGUUUUACAAAGAUUGGCUGUGAUAUGAGCAUGAGCCGGACGGACUGGGAGAGGUAUCUGCUUCAGGAUGAUACGCUUUCACUUCGGUUUAGGAUUUCGCUCCAUGAGAUCGUUUCGGAAAUGCAAAAACCCCUGAAAAUGCUGCCCGAGGAUUCCCAGCUGCUGGACAACUACGCUAGCCUGUUUUCAUCGGGCGAAUUCUUCAGCGACCUGACGGUGGUCAUCGGUAAGCGGGAAUUUCCGGCUCACCGUGCUAUCCUGGCCGUUCGAAGUCCCGUUUUUGCUGCCAUGUUUAAGCACACCGAGAUGGCGGAAUCGCAGCAGAAGCGUGUGGUCAUUCAAGAUAUCGAACCGCACGUCUUCGAGGAAGUUCUUCGAUUCAUCUACACGGACACCGUUCAAGGGCUGGACAAGCUGGCUCAUGAGCUGCUGGCGGCGGCUGACAAGUACGCGCUGGACCGUUUGAGGAACAUGUGCGAGGAGUGUUUGGGCAAAAAUCUGUCGGUGGAAACGGUCACGAAAACGCUACACCUGGCGGACCUGUACCACGCCAAGCAGUUGCAUCAGCUGGCGGUUCAGUUCAUUGCCAAGAACAUCAAGUCGAUGCAGACGCACGAUUGGAAGGACCUGCUCACGAACAAUGCGGACGUUGCGGCUGAAAUGUUCUCAGAACUUACGAAACUACGCUAGGGGCUAAUGAUUUGCGGUGAUUGUUUUUUUCGAAUUCUAAAAUAAUUCAUGAUUAAAAUGUGCUGAAAUUUUAAAUCAAUUCAAAAACAUGAAAAUAAAUAGCUUUAAAUGUG